CUAAAGAAAAAAUUAUAGACUUUGAUAUUGAAGGAAAUGAAGAGAAACAUAAAUGAAAAUUCAACUCGAAAUACAGCAGGCUGUUUGCCCGUACCAUUGUUCAAUCAGAAAAAGAGGAAUAGACAGCCAUUAACAUCCAAUCCACUUAAAAAUGAUCCAGGUAUCAGUACUGCUUCUGACAGUUAUGAUUUCCCUCCUCUACCAACAGAUUGGGCCUGGGAAGCUAUGAAUCCAGAGGUGCCUCCUUUAAUGAAAACAGUGAACACAGGGCAAAUACCACAUUCAGUUUCUCAUCCCCUGAGGAGUCAAGAUUCUGUGCCUAAAUCUAUUCAAUUAAAUGCUGAAAGAAGCAAGAGUGGUUGGAGCUACAGAGAUGGCAACAAAAAUACUUUAAAAACUUGGAAUAGAAAUGAUUUUAAGCCUCAGUGCAAAAGAACAAAUCUAAUGACAAAUAAUGGAAUAAAUUCAUGUCCAGUGAAUUUGGGAGCUCAACAAUGGAAACAAUUAAGAGUAUCUGAAUCUACUAACUUAUCUCACCAAAGAGAAAGUGAAGUACUCACACAAACACAUUGGUCAAAAAUAUCUGGCUCCACAAUGAGAAGUCUAGACAAAAACAGUGCAUCACAGGCAUUUAAGCCGAAUUUUCAACAAAAUCAAUUUAAGAAAAAAAUGUCGGAUGGUUUUCCAGAAGAAAACACCCUCAAGGAAGCAUCAUUUUAUCAGUUAAAGCUUAAGGAGAAAGAGAAUUCUUUAAGAAUUAUAUCUGCAGUUAUUGAAAGCAUGAAGUACUGGUGUGAACGUGCACAGAAAACUGUACUUCUUUUUGAAAUAUUAGCUGUUCUCGAUUCAGCUGUUACACCUGGCCCAUAUUGUUCAAAGACUUUUCUUCUGAGAGAUGGGAAAAAUACUCUGCCUUGUGUAUUUUAUGAAAUAGAUCGUGAACUUCCAAGACUGAUUAGAGGCCGAGUUCAUAGGUGUGUUGGAAACUAUGACCAGAAAAAGAAUAUUUUUAAAUGUGUUUCUGUUAGACCAGCAUCUGUUUCUGAACAAAAAACUUUCCAAGCAUUUGUUAAAAUUGUAGAUGCUGAAAUGAGAUAUUAUACUAAUGUAAUGAAUGAAAUUUAA